UUCUACCAAGUUAGAAAGAAGAAGAGCAAGAGACUGCAGCUUCUCGGCUUCUUCUCUUCUAUCAUAUUUGCGCUGAAUCGCCAGUUCGCCCGACCAAUCGCUCUCCUUCUCUCUCUCGAUCGAACAAGCGAUGCAGGGAUUUUCCGGAGGGGGAGAUGGCGCGACCGCCGAGCUCGCCCACCUCCAGUCCACCAUGAGCGCCAUCGAAGCCGCCUGCACCUCCAUUCAGAUGCAUCUAAACCCAGCAGCAGCUGAAGCUACUAUAUUGUCUCUGUCUCGAUCACCUCAACCAUACAAGGCGUGCCAAUUUAUUCUGGAAAACUCUCAGGUGGCAAAUGCAAGGUUUCAGGCUGCUGGAGCAAUACGAGAUGCAGCUAUCAGAGAAUGGGCUUUUCUAACUGCUGAGGACAGGAGAAGCUUGGUUAGUUUUUGUCUUGGCUUUGCUAUGCAACAUGCUGGUUCACCUGAGGGUUAUGUCCUAGCAAAGGUUUCAUCAGUGGCGGCUCAGUUGCUUAAAAGAGGCUGGCAUGAUUUCUCCACAGCUGAGAAAGAGACCUUUUUUCACCAGAUUAAACAGGCUUCUCUUGGGAUUCAUGGUGUACAUGUGCAGUUUAUAGGAAUCAAUUUUUUGGAAUCCUUGGUGUCAGAGUUUUCUCCUUCUACAUCGAGUGCUAUGGGCCUUCCUAGGGAGUUCCAUGAGCAAUGCCGUAGGUCACUGGAGCUGGACUAUUUGAAGGUGUUCUAUUGUUGGACACGCGAUGCUGCUCUAAGCGUUGCAAACAAAAUAACUGAGUCUGAUUCUGCAGUAGAUGAGGUUAAAGUUUGUACAGCUGCACUUCGUCUCAUUCUCCAAAUUCUGAAUUGGGAAUUCCAAUGCAACUCAAAUGGCAAAAAAGGGGUCAAUGUUUUCUCAAGUGGGAUUAGACAAGAUGCUGGAUUGUCCAACAGGAGUGAGUGCAUCUUAGUGCAGCCUGGUCCUGGAUGGCGUGACAUCUUAAUUUCAAGCAGAGAUAUUGUUUGGCUGUUGAACUUAUACACAGCUCUUAGACAGAAGUUUUCCCAUGAAGGCUUUUCAAUAGACUGCCCAAUUGCAGUUUCUGCUCGAAAGCUUAUUAUGCAGUACUGUUCUUUGACAGGCACGAUAUUUCCUUCAGACAACGGACAACUGCAGGAGCAUCAUCUGCUACAACUGCUUUCAGGGAUUAUACACUGGAUAGACCCACCAGAUCUUGUUUCAAAACAGAUUGAAUGUGGAAAGAGUGAAAGGUCACUUUUCUCUGAAUCACCUUCAGCUGCUGGCUAUUUCUCUGACUAUGUUUUAGUGACCCAUCAAAUUCUUCUUUCCUGUUUAUGCAGUGAGAUGCUUGAUGGUUGCCGGGCACUGUUGGCUAUGGCAACUGUGACAAGUCCAACUAUGUUUAACCAACUCCUUAAAUCAAUUAGGCCAUUUGGUACCUUUACCCUGUUAUCUACCUUGAUGUGUGAAGUCAUAAAAGUCCUCAUGACAAAGGCCCCUGAUGAGGAAACAUGGAGCUGGGAGGCGCGUGAUAUCUUACUAGAUACCUGGACUGCUCUGCUCAUGCCUCUGGAUAGUGCUGGUGGGAUUGUACUACUUCCACCUGAAGGUGUUGAUGCUGCGGCCACCCUCUUCACAUUCAUUGUAGAGUCCGAGCUAAAAGCUGCUUCUGCUUCUGCCUUCAAUGACGAUGUUGACUCGGACUACCUUCAUACUUCCAUUUCUGCAAUGGAUGAAAGGCUAAGCUCUUAUGCUCUUAUUGCAAGAGCCGCUAUUGAUGUUGCAAUACCUUUGCUGACAAGACAUUGCACUGAACGGUUUACACGUCUACAUCAGGGCGGGGGCUCUUUAGAUCCAACCGAAACCUUGGAAGAAGUCUACUCUUUGUUAUUAAUAACGGGCCAUGUACUUGCUGAUGAAGGCGAAGGAGAGACACCCCUGGUUCCAACUGCUAUACAAAGGCAUAUUGCGGAUUCUGUGGUACCAGAUAAAAAUCCUGUUGUCAUCCUUUGUAGCUCAAUCGUCAGGUUUGCUGAACAAAGUUUGAAUCCGGAAAGUAGAUCAUCAUUUUUCAGUCCGAGACUUAUGGAGGCUAUAAUAUGGUUCCUUGCAAGAUGGUCCCAGACUUAUCUAAUGUCACCGGAAGGAUCUCAAGACAGCAGUUACAGUUCAAAAGCUGAUAAUAUGCACCAAGUUCAGUCAAUAAGUUCUGGGCAAACUGUACUCAGAUAUUUCAGUGAGUAUGAUCAUGGCAAGACUGUGCUUGACAUCAUUGUCCGGGUAGCCAUAGCAACAUUCAUGUCCUAUCCAGGGGAGAAGUUUUUGCAGGGCCUGACCUGUUACCAGCUGCUUCAUGCACUAGUUAGGCAAAAAAACAUAUGCAUACACCUUGUAACGCUGGAAUCCUGGAGCAAGCUGGCCAUUGCUUUUGCUAAUGAGAAAAUGCUGUUUAUGUUGAAUGCAUCUCACCAGAAAUCGUUGGCUCAAACACUUGUUCUUUCUGCAUCUGGCUUUAGAGAUUCUGAGUCAGCAAAUCAGUAUGUGAGAAUUCUUAUGGGGCAUAUGACAGCAUACCUAGUAGAGAUAUCCUCCAAGAAUGAUUUGAAAAGAGUUGCUGAACAGCCCGAUACCAUCCUGUCGGUUACUUGCCUGUUGGAGCGGCUUCGUGGAGCUGCCAGUGCAUCAGAACCUCGAAUGCAGAAGUCCAUAUAUCAGAUGGGGUCUUCAAUAUUAAAUUCUACUUUGAUUCUUCUUGAAGUUUAUAAGCAUGAGUCUGCAGUCAUUUAUUUGCUGCUGAAAUUUGUUGUUGAAUGGGUGGAGGGACAAAUUAGCUACCUCGAAGCACAAGAGACCACAGUUGUUAUUGAUUACUGUAUGCGCUUGCUUCAACUUUACUCAUCUCACAAUAUUGGCAAGAUUUCCUUAAGUCUGUCAAGCAGCUUACUCAAUGAUGCAAAAUCAGAGAAAUACAAAGAUCUGCGGGCUCUGCUUCAACUCCUUGCUAGCCUUUGUUCAAAAGAUCUGGUUGAUUUUUCAUCGGAUUCUUUGGAAGCCCAUGGAACAAGCAUAUCUCAGGUUGUCUUCUAUGGUCUUCAUAUAGUCACUCCUCUGAUAUCUUUGGAGUUGCUGAAGUACCCCAAGCUUUGUCGAGAUUACUUCUCCUUGCUGUCACAUAUGUUGGAAGUAUAUCCUGAAAUGGUGGGACAACUAAACAAUGAAGCCUUUAGUCAUAUUCUUGAGACUCUUCAAUUUGGUCUACAUCAUCAGGAUUCAGAAGUGGUUAACAUGUGUCUAAGAGCUCUUCGAGCACUUGCUUCCUACCACUACAAGGAAACAGCUAGUGGGAAGAUGGGCUUGGGAUCCCAUGCCUCGAGUCUUAGAAAUCCCAAGGGCGAACUACAGGAAGGCAUUUUUAGUCGGUUCCUUCGUACAACAUUGCAGCUACUUCUUUUUGAGGAUUAUAGUCCCGAUCUAGUCGGUGCUGCUGCAGAUGCGCUCUUUCCCUUGAUACUCUGUGAGCAAGGCCUAUACCAGAAACUAGGCAAUGAGUUGAUAGAGCGACAGGCGAAUCAAACAUUUAAAUCAAGGCUGACAAAUGCAUUGCAAUCUCUCACAAGUUCGAAUCAGCUUUCUUGCACACUCGAUCGGAUGAAUUACCAAAGGUUUAGGAAGAACCUGACCAACUUCCUGAUUGAAGUUCGUGGGUUCUUGAGGAUAGUGUGACUCGUGCAGAUGUCUCGUGUGUGGAUGAUCAAAGUUGCAGUUCUGAGUGAAGCUAGUUUUUGAAGUGGAGAGAACCUUCUUUGAGACAUUCAUCAGCGCGUGCAUAGACACAAAGAUUUGCCUGCACAUGAACACAUGGACACCCAUUGAUCCAAAAGUGCACUUUGAGAACUAGGGAAUCCGCUCCCGAAGGAGGAAGUGCAGAAGGGUGUAGUCGCUUCGGAGGGGCGUGAAAAAAUCAUCAAUGAUGAUGUAGCAAUUUUGAGCCAUUGAUGUUACCGUUUGUCUUGUAAAUGAGCAUAAUGAUUUUGUGUAGAUCGUUUCACCCCAUGAUCACUAUUUACUUUCAUUGCAUGCAGGAUUUGUCCCA